AAUAAAUUGAGGAAGCUCCAGCACUGCCCUUGUGUCUCUUUAUUGGGAAUUGGUAACCAUGAUGGGAGCCUCAGGAAGCCUGGCUGUGUUCAUGUUGAUUGCUGGCUUGUGUAAUUCACAGCUUGUUGUAGACUACAGCAUUGUGCCCUACAGUGGUGACCUGUCACGCUUAGCUACCCUGGUGUGGUUACGUCCUGCCCACUGCCUGUUUGAGACCUGGGCUGCACAGAGAUCUGACUGGAUGGUCAGUCCUCAUUCUUCAAUAUCCAUUGUUGUUGAUAUUUUGAGAGAAGUGGACAAUGGCACUUUUGCCCUGCCCCAUAAGUACCCUGUGCCUCGUUGCAAUUACUUCUCUUCUGAAUCACCAGAGGCUGCCUAUCAAAUGGGACCCAGAAUUGUUUGCAAGAAUGGUUCCUGCAUUGAGGAAGUAUUGCCAGGACAGGCCUUCAGAAUUCGCUACAUACUUCAGGAUAUGUCUGGAAAAUCUUUGAUUCAGACACGGUGGUCUGACUCCAUCCUGACAAGAAAUGACCCUCCAAGCUACCUCUCUAUCCAGGUGUGGGAUGCUGGAAUGCGAUCUGGUAACAUGAUCGUGAUUACUGUGCUCCUGACAACUGCCCUCCUCAUCUUGGUUGUUGGAUUUGCUGCCACUAUAGCUGCUGGUUGGAAAUGAAAUUUAGUGGUAUGGCAAAUAUUUUGUUUUC